UUAAUAAAAAUGUUUUUUUGUACUCAAAUAAGGAAAGACAUACACAAAUACACCCCCGGGAGAGAGGAACGGCAUACUUUCGGUUUCGAUUCGGAUUUGUUCCGCUCCGCCAUUUUUAUCACCUUGUGGUUCCAGAAUUGGACCUUGCCCCCAAUGAAGCUUUACACUGAGCGCAUGUGAACUGUAAAGGUGAAGAAAUCACCGAGGCUCAAAGAGCAAAAUGACAACUCUACCAGAAAAAGCGACCUACUUUUUCCAGAACACAUACGAGCUGCAGUCAUUUCCAGUAUUUGUGGUGUAUCUUCUCUCUAUCUUGUUGAUUCCAGUAUGGAAAAGAUUGUACGCCCCGUUUGAAUUGAAAAAGGUGAUGAUCGUCUACAAUAUCGUCUGCGUUCUUUUAAGCGUCGUUGCAGCUGGCUUGCUUUUCUAUGGCGCAAUUAUAUCUGGUGCCGUGUACGCAUUCACUGAAAAUUACUAUGUGAAAACUGGUUUAAUGGUCUACACAGUGUCGAAGAAUGUUGAACUCCUGGAUACGCUGUUCAUGAUUUUAAGACACAAAUGGAGACAAAUUUCGUUUCUGCAUGUCUUCCACCAUUCCACCAUUCUCGUCCUCGGUAACUACGCCUGGAUUUACGCCCCUUUCCCUCCUGUGGCGAUCGUGAUUGGUUUGAACUCUGUUGUUCAUAUCUUCCUAUAUGCGUAUUAUGCUAAUUCAGCUGUCUCAUCGAGUCAACAGCCGACGUGGAAAAAGAGAUUGACCCAGUUCCAAAUAGCGCAAUUUGUAUUCGAUUUAUUUUUUUCCAUCGAAGGGUAUUUACAUCAUGGUUUUUGUAUAUACUCGAUAAUGUACGGAAGUUCAAUGAUGAUUUUGUUCGGCCAUUUUUAUUACAUCGCGUAUAUCAAGAAGAAACCUGAUGCUAAGAAGUCGACGUAAUGAAAUGUUUUUUUAUAAACUAGAAACAAUGUUACUUUUUUAUGUAGGUGAUUUUUUGUAUUUAGGUAUAUUAUUAUCCAAUUUGAUAAUUUAGGGCUGAAUACGUUUUCUUUAAGAACGUCUAACUAAUUUCAAGGGUCGAUAAAAAAAGAAAAUUUGUGGGUAUUAAUUUAAUAAUUAAUUUGAAUGGUAUUUUGUAUAAUAAUUCGCGGAUACAUGAUUUUGCGAAUUUGGGUCGCGAACUUAAAUACCCGCGAAAAUUAGUACAAUUAAGGUACUGGCUGAGACUCGAGUUGCUUGUUUUUUGGAGGGACUGAAGCUGACAUAGUUGGGCAAUAUUUUAAAAUGGAAAAACAGUUCGAUAUAGUUUAAUAGCUUUUCACAGCUUCUCUUUUGACAAAAAAACCGCUAAUUAUUAUUAUACGCAUUUUUUUAUUUUUCUGUGGCUGUGAAAAAAAAAACUAAACCCAAGCAUGCUCGUAAUUUUGUUUUCGUCUAAAUUUUUUUGACACUGGGUUCUAAGUGGUGGGUAAUUUUUAGAUACAACUUUUUUUGUAAUAAUAAUUAUUCCAUGUAUUUCAUAGUUAGUAUUUUGAAUUAUUACCUGAGAUUUUGGUUGUACAAAAGAUUUUCAAUUUUUUGUUAUACAAGAAAACUUAUUUCUCUUCU